AUGACUCUUGUUGUGGGUGACUCCUGCAACGAAGCUUACAGCAGAACCAGAGCAACAAAGCCAGCAAAAUCCCAGGUUUUGAUUCUGAGGAGGGAGCAUGUUGUGGGAAACAAGUAUUACACUUCAAAAGCGAGAUUUGGGGGUAAGACCAGAGAUAUCUCCAUUGAUUGCAGAGUGGAUUCAGGGGAUGAACCCAGACAUUGUUUCAGCAUCAAUAGGAAGAGGGUUUUGCAGGUGAAGCGAUUAAAGUGGAAGUUCAGAGGAAAUGAGAGGAUUGAAGUCGAUGGGGUCACUAUUCAGCAACAACAGUUGUGUGGGUUUUUUAUGAAUGGGUUCGAGUGGAAGAAGAUGAAGAAGACUCUGUUGAAGAUGGGGAGCUCGUCAUCAUCUUCGAUGUCUUCAGCUUCGUCUGGUUGCAGUUCUUCUGUGUUGGAAUGGGCCAGUAUAGAGGAGGGCGAGUUGCAGAGUCCAUCUGGGUUUUCAUUGCUGGUUUAUGCUUGGAAGAAAUGA